AUGUGUGCUGUAUCUGGCAACAGGACUGGUGGCAGGACACGUGCUGUAUUCAGAAACAGGACUGGUGGCAGGACGCGUGCCUUAGCUGGCAACAGGACUCGUGGCAAGAAGCGUGGUGUAGGCGGCAACAGGACUGGUGGCAGGACGCAUGCUGUAUCUGGCAACAGGACUGGUGACAGGACAAGUGCUGUAUUCAGAAACAGGACUGGUGGCAGGACGCGUGCCUUAGCUGGCAACAGGACUCGUGGCAAGAAGCGUGGUCUAGGCGGCAACAGGACUGAUGGCAGGACACAUGCUGUAUCCGGCAACAGGACUGGUGGCAGGACGCGUGCCUUAGCUGGCAACAGGACUUGUGGCACAGUUCGUGCUGUAGCCGGCAACAGGUCUGUUGGCAGGAUUCAUGCUGUAUCCGACAACAGGAAUGGUGGCAGGACACGUGCCUUAGCUGGCAGCAGGACUCGUGGCAGGAAGCAUGCUGUAGCCGGCAACAGGACUGGUGGAAGGACGCGUGCUGUAUCCAGCAACAGGACUGGUGGCACGACGCGUGCCUUAGCUGGCAACAGAACUGGUGGCAGGAGACAUGCUGUAGCCGGCAACAGGUUUGGUGGUAGGAUGCAUGCUGUAUCCGGCAACAGGACUGGUGGCAGGACGCAUGCUGUAGCCAGCAACAGGAUCAGUGGCAGGUCGCAUGCUGUAGCCGGCGACAGGACCGGUGGAAGGACACGUGCUGUAGCUAGCAACAGGACUGGAGGCAGGACGUCUGUUGUAGCCCACAAGAGGACUGGUGACACGAUGAGAGAUACAGCUGCCGCUGGGACUGGCACCACAUCUCAUGUUGUAUUUGGCGAUGGGGCUUGCGGUGUGACUCGAAUUGUCGUUGGCAAUGGCGCUUGGGAUUCUACCUUUGUUGUAGCUGCUCAUUCUGCUCAUUAA